ACAUAAAUAAAAACCUUUCUUUACCUUACUGCUCCUUCCCCUUGGAAACUUUCCAUUUGGAUUUCUUUAGCUCUGAUUUCUUUCUAUAUAUUUUUCUUUCCAUAUCAAAGCCAGUUCAACACAGGAAGAACUGAGAAGUUUCUCAUUCUUUCUCUUAACGCGUACAUAAUUUUUUUCUACCCCUCUUCCAGACUCCGGACACCUUCUCUGUUUUCUUGUCAGAUUUAGUUUUUAGGUUCAAUCUUAUUGGUCUCUGAUUUAAGCAUCAGCAAGUUUUGAAUCCCUUUUCUUCUGUUCUUAUAGAUUUGUUGGAUUUUCAUGAAUUGAUUCUUUGUUAGUGAUUUUUGGCUAGAGUGCUGUGAAUCUUGACUUGGGUUCUGGCAAAAUUUGGUCAAAUUCCUCAGGCCUCUUUGGGAGUGCUAUUUCUGAUUGAAAACAAUAAUAAACGAGCUGGUCCAUUUUGGCCUUUUAUGAAAUCUGAAAUCUGAGUUUUGUUAAGGGGUGAACGCUUCAGUCUUGAUUUGGUUUUUUGGUAAAAGCAAGAAAGAUUGUUGCUUUUUCAUCCUUUUGUGGAGUUGGAGGUGAUUUGAGUUUGUGGGCUCGAGGAACUUGAGGUUGGUUUAAUGUGUUGAGGUUGUUCCAUGGCUGUGGAAGAUUUGGUUGAGAUCAAAUUCAGGCUUGCUGAUGGUAGUGACAUUGGACCAAGCAAGUUCAGUCCUUCUACAACUGUGUCAUCUCUAAAGGAAAAGAUAAUUGCUUUAUGGCCCAAAGACAAAGAAAAUGGACCAAAGACCACUAAUGAUUUGAAGCUUAUUAAUGCUGGAAGGAUACUGGAAAACAACAAAACACUUGCAGAAUCUAGACUUCCAGUUGCUGAAGUCCCUGGCAGUGUCAUCACCAUGCAUGUUGUUGUCCGUCCUCCUUUAGCUGAGAAAAACACUGAUAAACUGCAGGAUGAUAACCCAAAGAAAGGCGGGUGUGGAUGCACAAUUCUGUAAUCCAUCGGACCGGAUAAGGAUCUUUUCAGUUACAUUUUAGUAGCUCCACAAGUUUCCACUUCUACCGGGUGCUAAGUCAUAGUUGAGAUUUUUGGGGUGUUCCUGCAAGAUUCCAAGACCAGCUUAAGAGUUGUAUGGAGGACUGCAAUUAUGGUUAUGGAUUCUCAUGUCGACCUUGUUACUGCCAAUGUUGGCGUUCCUUGCAUUUACACAAGCAGCACAUUAGACAAGAAAGUUAUCACUCUAUUGGAGUGGAUACUCGUGAAUCAGGAUAUAUAAUAGUGUUUUGGAGCCCAAAAAAAAAAGUAAGAAAAAAUUGAGAAGGAAACAGAUUAUAGGAGGGAAAAAAAUUAUUGAAUGACUUACUUAGUUUGCUUGCUUUGAUUUGGUUUGGAAUUUUUUUGUUUCAAAAGAUUUUUUAAAAUUGUUAAACAGAUCUUGAAGCAUUUCAGCA